GGAACAGGGUAACUGUAGGAAGGGGAAAAGGAACUACACUACUGUAAGAGUAAGAAAGUCCUGCCCAGCUGUUUGCGAAGUUUAAGAUUUCCUGUUUCCCCUGCAGCGCGAAGUGAAGUUUUCAGUGAGUCACCGCGGUCCCGAGCAGCGGAGCCACGCAGCCCGCUCCCCGCGCCGCCCUGCCAGCCCCGCCGCCGCUGGGGCCUCCCCACACUGCCCGCCCGGCCCGGCCCGGCCGCCCCCUGCGCCCCUCCCGCAGCUCGCCGUCUAUGCCGAUCAGGCUCCGCGAUGACUCCCCAUGUGCCGAGGAGCCUGUGGCGGCUGCUUCUGCGGCUUUCCUUCUGGGUGCUCAUGGGCAGCUCCGUCCCUGCUCUGCUUCGGGCUGAAAUUAUGUCACCUGUAGACAGAAAUAAAGAAAGUGGAAUUCAAAUGCCAAAGCUAUGCAAAUUUUGUGACAUUAAAGUAACAACCUGCUCAAACCAACACCAGUGCAGGAGCAACUGCAACAUCACUUCUAUCUGUGAGGAGAAUAGUGAAGUCUGCGUGGCUAUAUGGAGACAGAAUGAUGAAAAUGUGACAUUAGAAACAAUAUGCCACGAUCCCCAGAAAACACUGUAUGGUCAUGUACUGGAUGACUCCAGCUCAGAGCAGUGUUUCAUGAGGGAAAAGAAGGAAGAUGGAGGACUGAUGUUCAUGUGUUCCUGUACAGGUGAAGAAUGCAACGAUAUGCUCAUUUUUCCACCAGAUGACCCCCAUAAGCCAGAGGAGAAAGAUGAAAUUUCCAAAGUAACAAUCAUAAGCCUUGUCCCAUUACUGGUGAUUUCUGUUGCUGUGAUUGUUAUCUUUUAUGCCUACCGCACUCAUAAGAAAAGGAAGCUCAACAAGGCAUGGGAGAAAAAUGUUAAGCCUAGGAAACAUAACGACUGCAGUGAUGUCUGUGCCAUUAUGUUGGAUGAUGACCGCUCAGACAUCAGCUCUACCUGUGCCAACAACAUUAACCACAACACAGAACUGCUGCCCAUCGAGUUGGACAUUGUUGUUGGCAAAGGAAGGUUUGCUGAAGUAUAUAAAGCCAAAUUGAAGCAAAACACAUCAGAGCAGUAUGAAACUGUGGCAGUCAAGAUCUUCCCCUAUGAAGAAUAUGCCUCUUGGAAAACCGAAAAAGACAUUUUUUCAGAUGUCAACCUCAAGCAUGAGAACAUCCUCCAAUUCUUGACAGCUGAGGAGCGUAAGACCGAUCUUGGGAAACAAUAUUGGUUGAUCACUGCCUUCCACGCUAGAGGAAACUUGCAAGAAUACCUCACAAGGCACAUUAUCAGCUGGGAGGACCUCUGGAAGCUGGGUGGAUCAUUGGCCCGAGGGAUUGCCCACCUUCACAGUGAUCACACACCCUGUGGGCGUCCCAAAACACCUAUCGUGCAUAGAGACCUAAAGAGUUCCAACAUCCUGGUGAAAAAUGAUUUAACUUGCUGUCUCUGUGACUUUGGGUUGUCCCUCAGACUGGACCCUUCUCUGUCUGUGGAUGACUUGGCUAACAGUGGACAGGUUGGCACAGCAAGGUACAUGGCUCCUGAGGUUCUGGAGUCCAGGAUGAACCUGGAGAACGUGGAGUCUUUCAAACAAACAGAUGUGUACUCCAUGGCUUUGGUCCUCUGGGAAAUGACAUCUCGCUGUAAUGCUGUUGGAGAAGUGAAAGACUAUGAGCCCCCAUUUGGCUCAAAAGUACGAGAACAUCCCUGCGUGGAAAGCAUGAAGGACAACGUCCUGAGAGACAGAGGGAGACCUGAGAUCCCCAGCUCGUGGCUUAACCAUCAGGGCAUCCAGAUGGUGUGUGAAACUCUCAUUGAGUGCUGGGAUCACGACCCCGAGGCCCGGCUCACGGCGCAGUGCGUGGCAGAGCGCUUCAGCGAGCUCAAGCACCACGACAAGCUCUCCGGGAGGAGCUGCUCCGAGGAGAAGAUCCCCGAAGACAGCUCCGUCACCACGGCCAAGUAGCCUGCAUCUGAGGGCUCCAGAACACAGGGAAGUGGCUCCUGGAUGCGUUCACCUUAGCAUAGGAAGAAGUCUUUAAUCAGUGCCUUGACUUGCUUCCUGGAGGACUGAGGCUCUCACUGCUCCCUUUAGGCUCUGCCUCUGAACAGGGAGGUGUAUUCAUGGGAGUUAAAAGCCAGGGAGUAGGUGUCAUACCCUAGUACUGGCUGCCAGUGUCGUGUCUUAGGAGGAGCUAUGUUUGUUAGCACUUCUUCAGGAACUGAGAUUUGAAAAUAGCCAAUAACAUUAUGCACUUUAUUAAUACCUGUGUGUAACUAUGAAACUGCUAUUUUAAAUAUAUAUAUAUAUAUACACACAC